GUUCGCUUGCCCUACCGUUUCCCGCCUCUGCUGCUGGCUGAAGCCCUGCUGGAUGUGCUCAUAGGUCUCGGUUUUAUUCCUGCCGUUGCUUUCUACUUCAUAAAGCUGCAGGAGAUCUACAACAACCCCAUCUGUAAAGAGAGGGAAGCCAUGUACAGCAGCAAAGGUCACAGAGGAUUCGAGUGCAAUCUCAACGGGGCAGACAUAGCUGGAGGCUUGUUUGGUGUUCUGGGGAUUAUUAUAUUCCCCGUAAGCACCGCGUUGGCCAUCAGAGGCUUCAUACGAGUGCGGAAGAUGAAGGAGAGGCCGACAGAAGACGACAACAACCUGUGAAGGUUACGCCAUUUCAUGAAGAGAUUGAAAUGUGGAAAGCACAGAAGGUCCUACACCAGUGUAAAUGCUUUGGUUAGUAUUUUUUACAGUAUCAGAAGGAUAUGUAUUUUUCCAUUUUUUAUAUAUAUAUAUAUAUACA